AAAGAACCAUCUCGCUUCUCACGAUGACCUCUACUCUCGUGGAUAUUCAGAUGAAAGCUUUAAUCAGUGUUACAUUGUCAACUUCACCGAAUGCGCGGAAUUUACGCUCUGUAUUCAGUUAAGCUCGUGAAUGAUAUAACAAUAUCGAUUUAUAUCUUUCAAUCGAAGCUAAUCGUUUAAAUACUCUUUUCUAUAACGUGAGAGCACGUGCGUUUUGAUACAUGCGCACAAAUACUUAUAAAAGUUUAUAUAUACACAUGUAUUAGAAUUGAGAUUAGCAGAUUGUUUAGUGUACGAGUGAAGAAGUUUAGAACGAAGAAAUAUAUAAAUUUAAUUCUUCAUUUUUUCUCGUUUAAUAAUUAUGUUUACAAACGGGAAGAUUGUUCAUGUGUCAUUAUUAGAAAUCGUUCAGUUGCAUUUUCUUUCUUUUGUGUGUGGAUUUUAUUUGAUAGUAAAAAGAUUUCUAAAAUGGAUUUGGGAUCCUAAGAAGUUCUUUAUGAUGCAGCAGCGAGAUAAACCCCCUCCUUGUUUAGUAGACAAUCACUUGGGAACUCAUUCGUACGUGAAAAUCAAGGGAGUGAAGUUUCAUUAUGUGGAAGCUGGAAAUAAAGAUAAACCACUUGUAUUGCUUCUGCAUGGUUUUCCUGAUUGCUGGUUAUCUUGGAGAGAACAAAUACCAUGUCUUGCUGAGCAUUAUAGGAUAGUAGCAAUAGAUCUGAAAGGAUUUGGAGAUAGUGAUAAGCCAGCAACUAAACGUUCCUAUAGAAUUGAAGUUUUAAUUGAGGAAUUAAAACAGUUUAUUUUUACUCUUGGAGUAAGACAGUGUAGUAUAAUUGGUCAUGAUCUGGGUGGCCUUUUAGGAUGGUACAUGGUAGCCUUACAUGAAGAUAUGAUUCAAAAAUUUGUUGUGAUAUCAUGUCCACAUCCUAAUUUUUAUUGGAAUCGAAUGACAGGAAAUUCUGUAUUUGAUUUAAAAUGGAUGCAUUUUAGUAGACUGCCAUUUCUUCCUGAAAUUGAUGCACUUAAAGAAGAUUUAUCCAUCAUAAAUGAUGCAUUUCAACAUUUGCAGCUUGAUGCAAUAAAUACUGAAAAAAACUAUGUGGAAGCAUACAAAUAUGCAUUUAGUAGAAAAGAGGAUUGGACAGGUGCCAUUAAUUACUACAGAAAUCUUCCUUUUAUAAGACUUAAUACAGAUUCUUCUGAACAAAUCUCUACUAAAACUUUACUUAUAGUUGGAAAUAAAGAUCCACUUGUAUCAAUAGAAAAUGUUAUACAGAGUUCUGAGUAUAUUGAAAAAUUUAGUGUAAAAGUAAUUGCUGGGGCACAACAUUUCCCACAUCAGCAAAAACCAAAUAUAGUAAAUACAGCUAUUUUAAAAUUUCUUAUGGGUUCAACAAGCAUUGUAGAGAAAUCACCACCUAAGAAUAUUAUGUCUUCCUGGUUUGGAUCUUUAAGUAAUACUGUUAAAUAUGGUAAUCAUGUGUUCGACACCGUUCAUAAAAAGACUAGCGGCGUAGUUAAUGUUCUUCCUAGUAAAAUAUUUUAUUUGGGACAAACUGCAAGACUCGUUAGUUGUUGACAUUGGAGCAGCGCAUGAAAAAUUGGUCGGUGGUGCAAGAAAUAUAAUAGAGAGUUGAUGCCAAGCAACA